AUGGCAGGCACAACCCAAGAAUCGGCAGUCGCGAAGGAUGACUUGAAUAUUCCACUUAUAGACUUUGGACAAUUUUUGUCGAAUGACCCCGCCGCGAAACAGACAACCGCCAAAGCAGUCCUCGAAGGCUUCCAGAAGACUGGCUUCGUAUACCUCAAGAACCACGGCAUAUCGCCAUCCACUAUAUCCACCGUCUUCGCCAACAGCGCCAAAUUUUUCGACCGCCCACAAGACCAGAAGGAUGCUCUGGCCUGGUAUUCUGCCGCCGCGAAUAGAGGAUAUGUCGCACAAGGGCGCGAGAAGCUCGUUGUGCUCGAGGAAACAGGCACGGAAGCAGAGCUUCGCAAGAUCGUACCCGAUUUGAAAGAAAGCCUGGAAAUUGGGCGUGAUGAUCAGCCCGAGACGCCCAACAUGUGGCCCAGCGGAGACGAAGACGCGAAGGUCUUCAAGAAAGAGAUGAUGAACUUCUUCGACACAUGCAAGAGCUUGCAUAUGCAGGUUAUGCGCGCGAUCGCAUUGGGUAUGGGCAUACAAGAGAGCUGGUUCGAUGAGUUCACAGAUGCGGGUGACAAUACGCUGAGGCUGCUGCAUUAUCCUGGCGUGUCGAAGAAGAUCUUCAAGAGGGAUGACGGGCAAUUGCAGGUCAGGGCUGGAGAACACAGCGACUACGGCUCAAUCACUCUUCUAUUCCAGGACGUCCGUGGCGGUCUGCAAGUCCGCUCGCCCAAGGGCACAUUCGUAGACGCCACACCCAUCGAAGGCACCAUUGUCGUCAACGCCGGUGACCUGCUAGCGCGAUGGUCCAACGACACCAUCAAAUCGACACUGCACCGGGUAGUAGAGCCGCCACCAAAGCCUGAGGAUGCCGACAAAGACGUGUACCCGCCGCGAUACUCGAUUGCGUACUUCUGCAAUCCGAACUAUGAGCGCAUGAUACAGGCGAUUCCGGGGACGUAUGAGGAGGCUGGAAGGAAGUAUGGCGAUAUCCAGAGCGGGGAGUAUUUGAUUCAGCGGUUGACGGCGACGUUUUAAGUAUUGUGUGAUGAAUGAAAUGAAUGUCUAUCC